GGUAGGGAACUGUGCGGGGAGAACCGAAGGGAGAAAGGCAGAAGUUGCCUCCACCAUGGCUGGAACAAAGGCACUUCUGACACUGGAAAACUUCAUUAAUGGAAAGUUUGUACCUUGUAACUCCUAUAUCGAUUCUUAUGAUCCGUCUACGGGGGAUGUGUACUGCAGAGUGCCAAACAGUGGAAAAGAAGAGAUUGACGCCGCGGUGGAGGCAGCCAGAGCAGCCUUCCCCGGCUGGUCGGCCCGGAGCCCGCAGGAGCGCUCGCAGGUGCUGCACCGGCUGGCCGAUCUGCUAGAGCAGUCCCUGGAGGAAUUGGCGCAGGCGGAAUCCAGGGACCAAGGGAAAACCAUAACACUGGCAAGAACCAUGGACAUUCCCCGGUCUGUGCAGAACUUCCGUUUCUUCGCCUCCUCCAUCCUGCACCACACGUCCGAGUGCACGCAGAUGGACCACAUGGGCUGUCUGCACUACACAGUGCGGGCCCCUGUGGGGAUCGCCGGUCUGAUCAGCCCCUGGAAUUUGCCACUCUACUUGCUGACCUGGAAGGUGGCACCGGCCAUUGCUGCUGGCAAUACUGUGAUAGCCAAGCCCAGCGAGCUGACGUCGGUGACUGCGUGGAUGAUGUGCAAACUCCUGGAGAGAGCAGGUGUCCCACCAGGUGUGGUAAAUAUUGUGUUUGGGACGGGGCCCAGGGUCGGCGAGGCCCUGGUGUCCCAUCCAGAGGUACCCCUCAUUUCCUUCACGGGGAGCCAGCCCACAGCUGAGCGGAUCACACAGCUGAGUGCUCCCCACUGCAAGAAGCUGUCCCUGGAGCUGGGGGGCAAGAACCCUGCUAUCAUCUUUGAGGACGCCAACAUGGAGGAGUGCAUUCCAACGACUGUCAAGUCCAGCUUCGCCAACCAGGGUGAAAUCUGCCUCUGUACCAGCAGAAUCUUUGUCCAGAAGAGCAUCUAUAGUGAAUUUUUGGAGAAGUUUGUAGAAGCUACCAGAAUGUGGAAAGUUGGCAUUCCUUCUGAUCCGUCAGCCAGCAUGGGAGCUCUGAUAAGUAAAGCUCAUUUGGAGAAAGUCAGAAGUUACAUCAAAAAAGCCCAGAUGGAAGGGGCCCAAAUUCUGUGUGGUGAGGGGGUGGACACAUUGAACCUCCCCCGCAGGAAUCAAGCAGGAUACUUUAUGCUUCCCACAGUGAUAACAGACAUUAAGGAUGAAUCUUGCUGCAUGAAGGAAGAGAUAUUUGGGCCAGUGACAUGUGUUGUCCCCUUCGAUAGUGAAGAGGAAGUGAUUCAAAGAGCCAACAGCGUUAAAUACGGACUGGCAGCCACAGUGUGGUCCAGCAAUGUGGGCCGUAUCCACCGGGUGGCUAAGAAGUUGCAGUCAGGCUUGGUCUGGACCAACUGCUGGCUCAUCAGAGAGCUCAACCUGCCUUUUGGGGGGAUGAAGAGUUCUGGGGUAGGUCGAGAAGGAGCCAAGGACUCUUAUGAAUUUUUCACGGAAAUCAAAACCAUCACCAUUAAACACUGACCUUGGCCGGUGGAGAAGCUGUUAUGGUCCAUUCCUGGCUGCAGAGGAUCAGUCGUCCAAUGCAGUGAGCAGAUGUGCCGGCAUAAAAUCCAGCCAUAUCUUGGCUCCACGGGUUUUCUCUACCCUAUCCUCAGUAGUCUGUACUUUUAUUCGUUGUCAGAGAGGAUGUCUGUUUUCACUGUGAAGUCAAAGAAGAGACUUCUGAGCAGGAAGUCACAAAAAGGAAGCCAAAUAAUCGUCAGGUUCCUUCUCUGUUGUGUCUUCGCUCUAGUUUUUUUCAUCGUUUUGAUCGAAUUCUUGGAAAUUUACAGAUAAUUUUUUUCAUUUUUAAGUAUAUAUAUAUAUAUAUAUAUAUAUAUAUAUAUAUAUAUGAAUGUCAAUGAUAAACAUAACAUGGAAUUUGUCAGAGGAGGUCUAUAUGGUAGGUCCCACUAAAUAAAUCUGUCCGAGGACAAAGAAAAUUAAAACAAUGACUACUUUUGGAGGAAACUUGAAGCAAGAAGAGGAAAUAGUUUGAUCCCUUUCGACUCUGGAGUCUAAUCAAUUCCAAUUCUUCGCGUCUGUCUCUCAUGAGGCUUACGACCCACUAAUCCUAAAAGAAUAGAUGUUAAGCAGUUUCAGUAGCCGGUAUGACCUACGUCUUCUUCUUGAAUUAUCCUUUAUUGCUCUUUAUCCCCAUCCUCUUAGGGGUAUGGACUUUAUGCAAAGUAAUAAAGGUGU